GCAUGCGCACCUUUUGGCGCUCGAUCUGUGGAGAAAGCCACACCACCACUUUUCACACGCUUUUCUCUCGUCACUCGUGGUGUGCAAGGGAGCUAUAGCCGCCAGUUGGACUAAGUGUAGCUAGUUCGAAAGUUCGAAACUCUCCUGGACCAACUUGACGGCCAAACAAAGGCUGUAGGUGUGGGACCGCUUCGCGAGGACGCCGUAAGGCUUUUUCCAGCUGCGCUGCUACUAGCUCCGUGUCGCCGCGAUGCCCAAGAAGAACCGAAAGAGGAAGGCUCCCCGCGAGGUGGAAGAGGAGCAAGAAGAAGUGUUCUCCGUGGAAAAGAUCGUCUCCAAGAAGAUUGUGGGCGGGAAAACGCUCUACCUGCUGAAGUGGAAAGGGUAUGACUCGGACGAGAACACGUGGGAGCCGGAGGAGAACCUGGACUGUCAGGACCUUCUGGAGGAGUUCAAAAGGAAGACAGCGACCGCGGGUACCGUCAAAACAGCCGCUCCUUCGUCUUCAUCUUCGCUGUCUUCCUCCUCGGACGGGGGCUCGCGCGUAGCUGCCGGGACGACGGCGACCACCGUUACUACUAGCGGUAGCGGGACGAGCACCGCCGCCGGGAGCACGCCAGCGGCCGCCGUUUACCACGGAGGAGCUAGCGUGAAGAUAACUCCACAGGAAGACAAGGAGAAACGUGCGAAGAAGAAGAUGAAGGAAUCAUCGCUGGCCGGACCUCCUGUGACUACUUCUGGGGAGAAGUCAGAAGGGGUCAACGGAGGAGAGACGGGAGACGAAGACGUUGCAAACAAUGCCAAUAAGAGUGGGUUCGAGCUCGGCUGGACGGCAGAGAAGAUAAUGGGGGCCACCGAAGAGCAGAAGCAGAUCCUCUUUCUCAUCAGAUGGGUUGGACAACCGGAUCCCACGCUAGUCUUGAGCACAGAGGCCAACGUCAAGAUACCCCAACUCGUCAUAAAGUUCUACGAGAGCAAACUGACGUGGCACGACAAUCCAGGUGACGUGCUUCUCCAAGAGCCGGAAUCCUGAGGUCCUUAGCUUCUUAGCUUUCCCCUUUUCCUCCCACGACGCACAGUUCUACUCACCUCUCACGUGUCACCACACACACACACACCAUGCGCCACAUCCCUGUACUCUCCCUGCUCAUAAACACUACUACAUCGUCACAAAUCUCUUCAAGUCUGUGUGUGGAGGGAGGAACUUACUACGCUCAGCUCUUGUCAGAACACCAACAAACACACCACAUGCAAUUUCCAUCCACCACCUGGUCAUCGUGUAUAGCAUUUUCUUCAUUAUGUAAGCUAUAACGAUAAUACGUUGCGCUAUGCCAAGGUUUUAAACACCCUGCAGAUAAAUUUACAUUUUCCCAUCAGUAUUGAUUGUGAUAUGUUUCAGCAUGCAACCCGUGGUGACUGCAGUCUUUAACACAAGUGGUGAUCUAUAUAUAUAUAUAUAUAUAUGACAAAUGAAACAAUUCUUCACAAUUUGUAUUAUUUACAAAUACGUCGGUUUCAUUGCAAUGCAGAAUUAGGUGCUGGAAUCCGUGCGUGUCCCAUGGUAUAUACAGUUUGUGGAUGUGUGGGUGACAUAAUUAACGCAAGGUGUAUACCACAAA